GCGGGGCAACAGAACCAGUUUUGAUUCAGUAUCUUCUGUAAUGGCAACAACCAACGGCCACGUACCUCGAUCGCGCACAAUCGAGGUACCUCUGCAACAUGAGCAGGUCUUGGAAGUUGUAUGCGAAGAUCUGCCCGCUAAUCCUAUCGAACUUACCGACAUCUUUAGCCAAGAAGGUGUUGGUUUACUUUACUACCGCCUACUCGCAUUUGAAUACUAUCGACAGUCCAAGUUCGAUGAGGCCAUCAAGGUGUUACGAGCUGGAUUGAACGCAGCCAAUGAUUCACCACAAACACAAGCACGACAUAAGCUUCCUCUCCUUAUUCUUAUGGCAACCUUAAAUAUUCAGCUUGCAAAAAUGGCGAGCGACACGAACGUGAAGCAAACGUUCAUGACCGAAGCAGUUCAACUAAUCAAUGACGCCGAUCGUAUCAACAACCAGUACGAACCAACGUUCAUUAUUAAAGGAAUUUUGUACUUACAACGAGGAGAUUUAAAUGAGGCGUUUAGAAGUUUCACCAUGACCUUGGAAAAGAUCCCAUCUUGUAUUCCUGCCUUGAUUGGCAAAGGUCGCAUACAGUUCACUCGAAAGCAAUAUCGUCAGGCUCUCAAGACCUAUCAAACCGCUUUAUCUUAUACUACCGGGAAUGAGUAUAAUGUUGAAAUUCGACUGGGAAUUGGACUUUGCUAUCAUCAACUUGGCAUGAGCUCUGAAGCGAAGACUGCCUUCAAGCGUUGUCUACAAAUGAACCCAUCAAAGUCCAACCCAGUAUCACUUAUUCUCCUUGCCAUCAUGGAAUUGAACGAGUCUAAGGAUCGGGAGCUAGGCAUUGUGCAUCAAGAAGCAUCUCUCAAGCAAGGCUUACAGCACAUGCAGAUGGCUCAUACUGCCAACAAGAAAGAUCCUGUUGUCCUUAAUAUGCUCGCUAAUCAUUUUUUCCUCACGAAAGAGUUUGCAAAGAGUAUUAAAUGUGCCACCAGGGCAUAUAAUAUAUCCCGGCAGAACCUCGUGAAAGCGGAAGCUGCAUACCAAGUUGCUCGCGCACAACACCAAAUGCAACAAUAUGACGAUGCUUUCAAGUACUACAGCGAAGCGUUGCAACUGAAUCCUGAUCACAUCCUGUCACAGUUCGGUGUUGGUCAACUUUAUCUUAAACGAGGCGAGAUCGACAAGGCCAUUCAGUAUUUUGACAAAGUUUACUCUACUGAAUCACGAUGCAUAGAGGCACUGAAGGUGCUUGGCUCAUUGUACGCACUGGCGGGCAAAAAGGAAAAGGCAAUGGAGUGUCUUGUAAAGGUUCUGACUGAGAUCAAGGAUGACCCAAUGUUAUUGAUUGAGGUUGCUCAGCUUUCGGAAGAAAAUGAUGAUAAGCGAGCACUCAGAGCUUACGAACAAGCUACCGAGCUAUAUAAGCGCCAAUCACCCGCUGAUGGUGAAGAAGACCAAGUGUUACCCGAGGUUUUGAACAAUAUGGCUGCCAUGUAUCACAUGCAAGGUGACUUGCAGAAUGCCGAAUUGCACUAUGGAUUAGCUGUCCAGGAGUGUGAGCGCCAACUUCAACUCACCGAGACCAACGAUGACAUGAAGCAGAAAAUUGCCGGCUUCGAAUUGACCAUAUCGUAUAACCUUGGUAGACUGUGUGAAGACAAGGGCGACACGGAAAAGGCUACUGAGAUUUACAAGAAGAUAGUGGAUGGCAAUCCUGGAUACGCAGAUGCGCAUUUACGACUGGGAGCUAUCGAGCAAGCAAAUGGGCGAGUCUCAGAUGCUAUUGAGCACUACAAAGAGGUCUUUGACACAAAUGCUCUUAAUGCCGACGCUUGGACGAUGAUUGGCCAAGCGCAGAUGUCAAUGAAUGAAAAGAUCUGCAAGCGGUCAUUCGAAAAGGUCCUCAAAGAUUGUGACAAGAAUGAUCUGUAUACGCAUGUAGCCCUCGGUAACUAUCAUAGCAAUACAGCUAGAGAAAUGAAGGGCGAUGACAAGCGGGCUGCUCGAUCUGAAGCCUACAAGCUGGCUACAGGGUUCUUUUCUCAAACUCUCAAACGUGAUCCCUACAACGUUUAUGCUGCCAAUGGUAUUGCUAUCACAUUAGCUGAACGUGGUCACGUCAACGAGGCGAAAGAUAUUUUCAACCAAGUACGCGAGUCAGCUGUCAACAAUCCUUCCAUCUGGGUCAAUUUGGCCCAUGUUCAUGUAGAACUAGGUCAAUUCAAGCAAGCUGCAGUGAUGUACGAAAAUGCUUCCAAAAAGUACUAUGAUGAUAAGGAUGCAAAUGUCUUGCUGUGUAUCGCUAAGAUGCAUUUUAUGAUCGGCAAGGCUGACAAGAGCCCCGAAGAGAUGCUGCUAGCGCUGACUUAUUCAGAAAAGGCUUACAGCGUUGACCCUAACGACAAGACCAUCUUAUACGAUGUUGCGUUGGUUCAUCAAACAUAUGCACAGUUGAUUUCUGAUCUUCCCAAGGAUCAGCGUACAACCGACCAAAUGAGACAAGCCAUUACUGGGUUGGAGUCUAGUAAGGCUCACUUCCAAACUCUGCUUGACAUCAGCCCUGAUGUCCAUGUGCACUACGACCGCAAGAUUGUGGAGCAGCGUCAGCGUCACGGCGAGUCUCUUCGCACUCAAAUCGAACGUAAGCUUACUGAUCAGAUGGAAUUUGAGGGAGAGAAGAAACAGCGCAUGGAGGAAGCACGAAAGAAGCGCGACGAAGAGUAUCAGCGUAAGAAGGUGGAAGAGGAUGAGCGACGCGAACAAGAAGUUAGAGAACGAGAAGAAAUGGAGUCCGAGCGACGACGUAUCAUGGAGAAAGUGCGGGAGGAGAAUGCUCUAUUGGCCAGCCAGGAUGUUGGACUUAGUGAUGAAGAGCAGCAGCAAAAGCAAAAGAAGAAGAGAAGAAAGGAUCUUGAUGACGGUAUCGUGGAUGAUGAAGAAAUGGAGGAAAACGAAGCUCCCCGACGACGCAAGCGAAAGGAAAAGGAUCCUUCAGAGAAGAAGGAACCAAAGGUAAGAUAUUGACAACGGUUUAUCAUUUGAUGAGUAAUGGAAAAAAGUCAACUAGAUAACUCAACCGCAUUGUUCUAUAGCGUCCUAAACGUAGAAAGUCGGAAGA